AUGUCUGAUUCCGACUCAUCGUCUCAGGGCGGCGAGUACAAGAACUUCCGGCAAAUUAGCCGUGACAGAUUGUUGUAUGAAAUGCUUCGAUCAGCCAAAACAGGGGACUCAAAGUCAAGUUGGAAGGUACUCAUCAUGGACAAGGUAACUGUUAAAAUAAUGUCAUACUCAUGCAAGAUGGCAGAUAUCACCGAGGAAGGAGUCUCAUUGGUGGAAGACAUACACAAGCGAAGGCAGCCUCUUCCAACCAUGGAUGCCAUAUAUUUCAUCCAACCAACCAAAGAAAAUGUUGUCAUGUUCCUUUCUGAUAUGUCUGGAAGAACGCCGCUAUACAGAAAGGCAUUCAUCUUCUUCAGUUCACCUGUUUCCCGGGAAUUGGUUAAUCACAUAAAGAAGGAUGCAAGUGUUUUAUCUCGCAUUGGUGCUUUGAGAGAGAUGAACUUGGAGUAUUUUGCAAUAGAUAGCCAGGGUUUUAUCACUGACAAUGAGAGAGUUCUCGAGGUACUCUUUGGGGAUGAAGAAAGUUCUCGUAAAGGAGAUGCAUGUCUGAAUUUGAUGGCCACCCGCAUAGCUACAGUCUUUGCAUCAUUGCGGGAGUUUCCCCUUGUGCGAUACCGAGCUGCCAAAUCCCUUGAUCCUAAUACAAUGAUAACGUUUCGAGAUCUAAUUCCUACAAAGCUUGCUGCUGGCAUUUGGAAUUGUCUUAUGAAAUAUAAAGCCAACCUCCCUAACUUCCCUCAGUCAGAGACAUGCGAAUUGCUUGUCCUGGAUAGAUCAAUAGACCAGAUCGCUCCAAUCAUACAUGAAUGGACAUAUGAUGCUAUGUGCCACGAUUUACUAAAUAUGGAAGGAAACAAAUAUGUACACGAGGUUGCUAGCAAAGCUGGUGGUGUUCCUGAGAAGAAAGAGGUUCUUUUGGAGGAUCAUGACCCUAUCUGGCUAGAGCUCCGCCAUUCACAUAUAGCUGAUGCUAGUGAAAGGUUGCAUGAGAAGAUGACAAAUUUUGUAUCAAAAAAUAAAGCUGCCCAAAUCCAUGGUUCAAGAGAUGGUAGUGAGUUGUCUACUCGGGACUUGCAAAAGAUGGUACAAGCUUUGCCUCAGUAUAGUGAACAAAUUGAAAAACUCUCCCUCCAUGUUGAUAUUGCUGGCAAAAUUAACAAAAUUAUCAGGGAACUGGGGCUUAAAGAAGUUGGGCAACUAGAGCAGGAUCUAGUGUUUGGUGAUGCAGGAACCAAAGAACUUAUAAAUUUUCUGAGAACAAAACAGGAUGUGACGCGUGAAAAUAAGCUGCGGUUAUUGAUGAUUUAUGCAGCUCUUUACCCUGAAAAAUUCGAAGAUGAUAAAAUUACAAAACUAAUGGAGUUGGCAAGCUUACCACCGGACGAUAUGAAUGCUGUGUAUAAUAUGAGACUGCUGGAGGCAUCAGCAGAAACGAAAAAAAGCUCAAUUGCAUCCUUCUCUCUUAAGUUUGAUGCUCACAAGAAGAAACAUGCUGCUAGAAAAGACCGUCCAGGUGAAGUAGUAACAUGGCAGCUAUCUCGCUUUUACCCUAUGGUAGAGGAACUAGUUGAAAAUCUAAGUAAAGGUGAACUUCCAAAGAAUGACUACCCAUGUAUGAAUGACCCAAGUCCAUCUUUCCAUGGAACCUCUCAGACAGCAUCAUCAGUACGGACAGGUCAAGGUCCAGCUCCUCAUUCAAUGAGAUCAAGACGGCCUGCUACAUGGGCCCGUCCUCAGAACUCUGAUGAUGGGUAUUCAAGAUUGAAGAUGAAUUUGACCAUUUUGCGGGCUUGUCACAAGUUAACAACAAAGUUGAGGAGGGAAAUUGUUCUGGGUUCAUCCAGUCUUGAUGAUCCUCCACAAUUUAUUACGAAAUUGAAGCUGUUGAGUGCAAAUGAACUCUCGCUCGAUGAUCUUCAGAUUUAG